GCUGAGCCCGUGGACUACAUUCCCCAGAAACCUCAUGGGUUCUGGUGUGUUUUCCUCCUGUCGGGUGCGGGGGCAGCUGGACCACUCAAGCUUGGUGAUGCUAGGAGGGGUUGCGGGUUAGCCGGGCAGGUCCUGGCCAAGCCGAACGAGGGAAAUGGUCCCCGCCUGGCCACUCGCCGGUUGAGGAGGGCCCUCUCCUGGUAGGGUGGCAGGCCAGCCAGGGCGCCGGCGAGGAGGGGUGCACUGUCGUCCUGUCCAUCCGGCUGCUGAAUGUCCGUCUCAGAGGAUGAGGAGAAGCUUUUGCCGCUCGUCCAGAGAUGGCCCAGAGCGAGCAAGUUCCUUUUGUCCGGCUGCGCAGCCACCGUGGCCGAGCUAGCAACCUUUCCUCUUGAUCUCACAAAAACUCGACUCCAAAUGCAAGGAGAAGCUGCUCUUGCUCGGUUGGGAGACAGCUCAAGAGAACCUGUCCCCUAUCGGGGCAUGGUGCACACAACUCUAGGGAUCAUCCAAGAAGAAGGCUUUCUAAAGCUUUGGCAAGGAGUGACACCUGCCAUUUACAGACACGUAGUGUAUUCUGGAGGGCGAAUGGUUACAUAUGAACAUCUUCGUGAGGUUGUGUUUGGCAAAAGUGAAGAUAAGCAUUAUCCCCUUUGGAAAUCAGUCAUUGGUGGGAUGAUGGCUGGUGUUAUUGGCCAAUUUUUAGCCAACCCAACUGACCUAGUGAAGGUUCAGAUGCAGAUGGAAGGAAAGAGGAAACUUGAAGGAAAACCACUGCGAUUCCGUGGUGUGCAUCAUGCAUUUGCAAAAAUCUUAGCAGAAGGAGGAGUACGUGGGCUUUGGGCAGGCUGGGUGCCCAAUAUACAAAGAGCAGCAUUGGUAAAUAUGGGAGAUUUAACCACUUAUGACACAGUGAAGCACUACUUGGUAUUGAAUACACCACUUGAGGACAAUAUUAUGACUCACGGUUUAUCAAGUUUAUGUUCUGGACUGGUAGCUUCUAUUCUGGGAACACCAGCUGAUGUCAUCAAAAGCCGAAUAAUGAAUCAACCAAGAGAUAAACAAGGAAGGGGACUUUUGUAUAAAUCGUCCACAGAUUGCUUGAUUCAGGCGGUUCAAGGUGAAGGAUUUAUGAGUCUGUAUAAAGGCUUUUUACCAUCUUGGCUGCGAAUGACCCCAUGGUCACUGGUGUUCUGGCUUACUUAUGAAAAAAUCAGAGAGAUGAGUGGAGUCAGUCCAUUUUAAGUCCUUAAAAGAUGCAGACAAGUAAUCAGUGUUCAGUAUCAUUGAAAUGUGGGCUUCUGCAACACACAGAAUUAUUUCUACCUCUUUAGAAAGACACUUUACUCCACAAAGACUGUGAUUUAUAGGGGGCAGCACUUUAUUUUUCUCUGGAGAUCCAAGUCCUCUUUGACUCCUCUUUUUGUUCAAGAGUGAUCUGGUCAUCUAGUCGGAUCUCACAAGACCACCCCAUGAGACUCAGCACAGCAUUUUCUAAAGAAGACUACAACCCUGAUCAUUUUCACCUCUGGCGAGAAGGUUUGACCUUCUUUGAGAUACUAUUCUAUGCUGAAGAGCCUGCUUAGAGGAGGAGUGCAGGAAGGAAACAGCAUCUCAGACCUGAAGUAGACAAUAGGGAUGUAAAAGAAUGUAUAGUAGUGCUUAAGAACUAUAUUUAACCUGUUAUGUCAGCAUUUACAAUUGAAGUUUGACAAUUCACUUUUGUUGUUAAAGUACACAUAUUGUAACUUAAAGGGAGGUGAAUGAAACUUCAUAAAUAAACAAUGUGGGCUUCCCUAGCAUUG